UACUGAUCAUUCAAGCUGAAAAGUUCCAAGUGAUCUGUUACAAAACUUCAGAUAUCACUAAAUAAAUAAUUGUGUAAUAUUAUUUUAAAAACAUGUUUACUACUAAACAGUUUAUGUUAUUGCUGAAAAUUAACAAUCCAAGUGGAAUCAUUUAAUUUUGAACUGUUUUUUUUUUUUAAUCGAGAAAUAAUUAAGUGUCGAUCAUUGAUCUUGUUUCAGUUUCACAGCACUGAAUUGGAUAAGAAAAUAUGGACAAUCAAUUAAAGAGAUCUGAAAGUAAAGCGGACAAAAGUGUGAUUCUGAAUGGAAUGCAUGAAACCACAAUGGAUAUUGACGGUUUUAAUUGUCCAAAAUUGAGUAAAACACUAGUUUUCUACGUAAAUGGAGUUGAAGUAAGAGACACUUCAGUGGAGCCAGAAUGGACUCUUCUUUACUAUUUGCGCAACAAGCUUGGAUUAUGUGGAACAAAAUUAGGAUGUGCGGAAGGUGGCUGUGGAGCUUGUACUGUAAUGAUCUCAAAAUUUAAUCGAGUAACAGAAAAACCAAUUCACUAUGCAGCCAAUGCGUGUUUAACUCCAGUUUGUGCUGUUCAUGGAUUGUCAAUCACAACAGUUGAAGGAAUCGGAAGUAUAAAGACAAAGCUUCAUCCAGUUCAGGAAAGAAUUGCGAAAGCUCAUGGUUCACAGUGUGGAUUUUGUACACCAGGAAUUGUUAUGUCUAUGUAUACUUUAUUGAGAUCAAUGCCAAAGCCACAAAUAAAAGAUUUGGAAAUUGCGUUCCAAGGGAAUUUAUGUAGAUGCACUGGAUAUAGAGCGAUCAUUGAAGGUUACAAGACAUUCACCGAGGAAUGGGAGAAAGUUCAACGUCUUCCUCAGCAGAAUGGCAAUGUUAAUGGAAACGUUUGUGCAAUGGGGGAAAAUUGUUGCAAACGAGUCUUUACAUCAGAACCAAAUGAACUUUUUGAUUCAAAAGCAUUUCGACCCUAUGAUCCAACGCAAGAACCAAUUUUUCCUCCAAAGUUGCAAAUCUCGUCAAAAUUCGAUGAAGAGUAUUUAAUAUUGAAGGGGAGGAAUAUCACUUGGUAUCGUCCACUUAAUUUGAAUGAGAUUCUAACUUUGAAAAAAAGAUUCCCCAACGCUAAAAUAAUCGUUGGUAAUACGGAAGUUGGUGUGGAAAUGAAAUUUCGAAAUAUUUUGUAUCCAGUUUUGAUUCAACCGACAAAAAUAAAAGAAAUGUGUGAAAUAAUAGAAAGUAAAGAAUAUCUACAAGUGGGAGCGAGUGUAACUUUAAUUGAAAUGGAGGAUAAAUUACGGGAGGAAAUAAAAAUUAAACCUGAAUUUCGAACGAGAAUUUUUGCAGCGAUAGUGGAAAUGUUACAUUGGUUCGCUGGUAAACAAAUUCGAAAUGUAGCAGCAGUGGGAGGGAAUAUAAUGACAGGAAGUCCGAUAUCAGAUCUUAAUCCAAUUUUUAUGGCUGCUGGUAUUAAGCUAAAUUUAUGUAGUUUAGAUAAUGGAUUCAGAUCAGUAAAAAUGGAUCACACUUUUUUUACCGGUUAUCGAAAAAAUGUAGUCGCUGCAGAUGAAAUUCUAGUUUCUAUUAGUAUUCCCUUUUCCCUUGAGAAUCAAUUUUUUGUAGCUUACAAACAAUCAAAGAGACGUGAUGAUGAUAUAGCUAUCGUUAACAUGGCUUUGAAUGUCUUUCUUGAAAGUGAUAUUUCCAUAAAAAAGAUUCAUAUUGCAUUUGGAGGUCUUGCGCCAACAACCGUUUUAGCAACAAAAACUUGUGAGAAAUUAAUAGGACAGAAGUGGAAUUUAAAAACUUUAGAAAUGGUUCAUGACGAUCUUGACAAAGAAUUUCCCUUAUCGGGCAACGCACCUGGAGGAAUGAUUCUUUAUCGACGAUCUUUGACACUGAGUUUAUUUUUUAAAGGUUUCAUCCACGUGAUAAAGCUUUUGAGUAAAAAUCCACACUUUUGUGAUAAAAAUUUGAAGACUUUGCAAAUUCCAAAAGAAUGGGAUUCAAUUCCAGAAGGCUUUCACUAUAAAAUGCCUUGCAGUUCCCAGUAUUAUCAAGUAGCACCAGAAGAUCAAAGAUCGACGGAUCUGAUUGGCAGACCUGUGGUUCAUGUCAGUGCUUUGAAACAAGCAACCGGAGAGGCUUUAUAUUGCGAUGAUGUUCCUAAAAUAAACGGUGAACUGUAUUUAGCAUUUGUUCUUUCAACUCAAGCACACGCUAAUAUCGUGAAAAUUGACACUUCAAAAGCCCUGGAAAUGGAAGGUGUUAUUGCAUUUUUCGAUGGUAAUGAUGCUCCGAACAAUAAAACUGGACCUAUCUUUCACGACGAGGAGGUAUUUUAUGGAAAGAAGGUUACGAGUCAAGGUCAAGUAAUUGGAGUAAUCGUGGCAGUUGAUCAGCUAAUCGCACAGAGAGCUGCAAAAAGUGUUAAAAUUGACUACCAAGUACUAACUCCGAUAGUGAGUAUCGAAGAUGCAAUUCUAAAAAAAUCUUUCUUCACAGGUUUUCCGAUUAGCUUAACCAGAGGAGAUUCAGAUAAAGCUUUCGCGGAAGCAGAUCAUGUUCUGACUGGUGAAGCAAGAAUGGGAGGUCAAGAGCAUUUCUACUUAGAGACAAAUGCUUGUAUCGCAAUUCCGAAAGAAGAGGAUGAAAUUGAAUUAAUUUGUUCAACUCAACAUCCAGCGGAAAUUCAAAAAGCAGUCGCUGAACUUAUGUAUUUACCAAUGAACAAAGUUAUUAUCCGUGCAAAACGAUUAGGCGGUGGUUUCGGAGGAAAGGAAUCAAGAGCUGCAGUGGUAGCACUUCCAGUUUCUCUAGCUGCUUACAAAUUGCGAAAACCUGUAAGAUGCAUGUUAGACAGAGAUGAAGACAUGAUGAUGAGCGGAACACGUCAUCCUUUCUUGCACAAGUAUAAAGUGGCUUUCAACAAAGAGGGAAAAAUCCAAGCUCUUGAAAUUGAAAUCUACGCUAAUGGAGGAUACUCCAUGGAUUUAUCACGAGGAGUUAUUGAACGUGCAAUGUUCCACUGUGAGAAUGCCUACAAUAUACCAAAUACAAAAAUUAUCGGUUACAUAUGUAAAACAAAUUUGCCGAGUAACACAGCUUUUAGAGGAUUCGGUGGACCUCAAGGGAUGUUUGCAGCUGAGAACAUUAUUCGCGAAAUUGCUAAAUUUCUUAAUCGAGAUCCGAUACAAAUAGCUGAAAUAAAUCUUUACAAGGAAGGAGAUAUAACACCUUAUAAUCAAACACUAUCUUAUUGCACAAUGGAACGAUGUUGGCAGGAAUGUUUGAACAAAUCCAAUUUCAAGAAACGUCAAACGGAUAUUCGGAGAUAUAAUAAGGAGCACAGAUUUAAAAAACGGGGAAUUUCGAUUCUUCCCACAAAGUUUGGAAUCGCUUUCACGGUUCAAUUUCUUAAUCAAGGAGGUUCUCUUGUACAUGUCUAUCACGAUGGGUCCGUCAUGAUUGCGCACGGAGGAGUAGAAAUGGGUCAAGGGCUACAUACAAAAAUGAUACAAGUUGCGAGUAGAAUUUUCAAAGUAAAUCCAACAAAGAUUCACAUUCCCGACACGGCAACCGAUAAGGUUCCAAAUUCAUCUCCGACUGCAGCCAGUGCCAGUUCUGAUUUAUACGGAAUGGCUGUUUUGAAAGCUUGCACCGAAAUUAUGAAUCGCAUACAGCCCAUAAUAGACAAAAAUCCAAAAGGAACGUGGGAAGAAUGGAUAAAAGAAGCUUACUUACAAAGAAUCGGUCUUUCAGCAACUGGCUUUUACAAAACUCCAGAUAUUGGAUAUUGUUUUGAAACAAAUUCGGGCAUUGCCUUUGACUAUUUCACUUAUGGAGUCGCCUGCUCGGAAGUGGAAAUAGAUUGUUUAACGGGUGAUCAUCAAUUAUUGAGAACGGACAUUGUCAUGGAUUUGGGAGAGAGUUUAAAUCCUGCAAUUGAUAUUGGCCAAGUGGAAGGAGGAUUUAUUCAGGGUUAUGGAUUAUAUACUAUGGAAGAAUUGAUGUAUUCACCUACUGGAACUCUCAUGAGUCGAGGUCCUGGGGCAUACAAAAUUCCGGGAUUUUCAGAUAUUCCACAAGAAUUUAAUGUUUCAUUGUUGAAGGGAGCACCUAAUCCAAGAGCAGUUUAUUCCUCGAAAGCUGUAGGAGAACCACCCCUUUUUCUCGCGUGUUCUGCUUUCUUCGCUAUUAAAGAAGCAAUAAAAUCUGCAAGAGAGGAUAUGAAUAUUAAAGGGAUAUUUAAAUUAGAAGCACCCGCUACAGCGGCUAGAAUUCGCAUGGCGUGUGUGGAUGAAUUGACACUAAAAGUCGGAGAAGGAGACGGUAAACCAGCUUGGAAUUUAGUUCCUUAAGUCAUUUAGAUUCAAUUUUAGAUCGUUAAAUUAAAGAUAGAUGAUUCAAGCAAUUUACUAUCGAAAAAAUUUUUAUAAAUCUAAAAAGAUUCAUUUAUGUCCCGAUAAUAUACGGGAUAUGCAAAUAAAAUUUUGUGAACUUUACAUUAAUCUAAUUCAUAUAAAUCUAAUUACAAAAUAUAUAAAAUAAACAUUUAAAGAAAAUUCAGAGAUAACAAAUAAAUUAUAUGAUAGUAUAAAUUUAUUUUUUCAGAUUUUAUUAUGAAAAACAAAAUAUACUCAAUUUUAUAAAUUCAAUUUGAUUCCGAAUUAGAAAUAAUGAAAUUCCCGAUUGUUAAUUUUUAUAAAUACAAUAUGCCAUACGAACUAAUAACGUUAAACUUAUUACAGAUUCUUAAAAAAAGAAUCUUGUAAUCUUUAGAUUUAGAAACUAAUGAAGAUGUAACAUAACUUUUUUGACUUUGUGAUAAAUACUAGUGAUUUUAACAUUAUUCUCUCUAGAGUGGUUAAUAAAAAUUCUUUCUUUUUAUGUAAAAAAAAUAUGUUGAUAAGCUAAAAACAAAAUUUUUUAAAAAAGAGGUGUAAAAUUAAAAAAUAAUGUGAUUUUUUGGUUCCAUUUCAUUUUUGUAAAAAUUUUGAAUGUAAAAUUUUAACCGAUUUAAGUUAGAUAUUUAGGAGAAACAAAAAAUUGUUAAAUAUUGGAUUACUUUCUCGAUUUUUUGGACUGAUGAAAAUUGAAAUAAAAAAAUACCUUUUUUCCUUAUUUUUUCUUCACAACGUUUCGUUUGAAUAAAAGAUUUUUUGUUUUGUCGGUAUAAUAUUAUUAAAUAUUUAAUUAAAUAAAUAAUAAAAAUUUAGUUAAUGUUUACACCCUUUAAUUUAAAUCAUUGCAGCCCUGGAAAAAACAUAAAACGAUUUCAGAAGUUAAAUGUCUUUCUUUUGUUUAGAAUUAAAAUCGAUUAAAAUAUAAUUUUUAAAAAUUAAGUGGGUACUGAUAACUGGGUGCCAGUUUCAGCUUCGUAAGUAAUCUUUACCCUGUUCUAUGUUUUUAUCAAAUAAAAACUCAGCUUUUUAAAGAUUA